AUGGCGAGCAGUGGACCAGCAGCGUCGAUUGUGCAUCAUCCAACCCACCAUCCAUCCCUCAGAGCCCGCGCGUGGACGACUGGGUCUACAACUGACACUAUGCAGACCUAUUCGACUCGAUUCCCACCCCAACUGGCCACACAGCGUCGUCAUCCGUCUCCAGAGGACGAGGUGGAUGAAAUGGACGAAGACGAGAUGGAGGAUGAAGACGACGAGUUUGACGAUCGUGUUCAUCAUCACCGUUCCCACACCAGUUUGCCAGCGACCGUGAACAGGAAUCAGCUGGACAAUGCUCAUCCGGGGGGAAUCCCUAAUAGUACGACGACGAAUACGGGUGUCCAUCGAACACGACGACCACGACGACGAGCAGACGAGGUCGAGCGAUUGUACAAGUGCACCUGGAACGGAUGCGAGAAAUCAUAUGGGACCCUGUCCCAUCUGAAUGACCACGUCCGCCUGCAACGACACGGGGAGAAACGAGAGCCACAUGAGUUUAAAGAGGCGCGACGGAUCUGGCGGCAGGAGCGCAAGUCGCGACGGUUACGGGAACACGCCAUGCACGCAGCUCAGCAAGCGCAAGCUCAGACGACUAGUCAACAUUAUCCACAGAGAAAUCACCACUUGGCUCCGCCCACAUCGGCAGUCUAUCCUCCGCACGCCGUCUACGCGCCGUCUGUGGGCACCGACAGCCCCUAUCGGCCCCCAGUAGACUAUCGCCAACAUCGUUCUAGAGCGAGUGAAGAACGCGACGGCUAUCACCCUCUGCCACGCGUACCACUAGCCGUCGGUACUACUAGCCCCUCUGGUGCCCCCCCAACUGUUGGCAGUGCAUUCUUACAAACUACGAGCGCCUUAAUCUCUCCGCGUCCAUCUACACUCGACAGUCCACUGAUGUCCUUCCAUAACCCGACCGUAGACGAUUCCAACGACGCUCAAAAAUCUAUCCGUUUGCCCUCGAUCGCGGAACUCCGACUCGAUCUCUCUCUCGACGAGUACGAGGCCCAGACUGCUCUCGGUGCCCUCUCUAACCCCGCCGCCGGCUUGUCUUCACGCUCCCAGCAGCAGCAGCAAGCACCGCGCUCGCCUUUUUUGCCCAUGCACUCUGUACGCCACCACCAUCAUCAUCAGCAACAUCAACGACGUACACGAGCAGACUCACUUUCCUCCUCUCCCAAUCUAAAACAAGCCGGCCUUGCUCCCCCUCCUCCUUAUCAUGUCUAUUCCCAGCAGCUUCAGCAAGAUCGUAAUAGCCUCAGUCCGGAGCACACUCGGUUCCGACUCGCUGCGCCUAUUGCUCCUACCUCGCCCUCUGCUUCCUCGGUCGACUUUUCAGUCUCAUCUGCCUCUGCCUCGUAUACCCAACCUUCCCCUUUUAUCUACCCACCAGGAGGUCGCAGUCGGGCUUCUUCCCAAUCCCAUCCAACCCGUCGUCCCUCUCACUCGAAUCCCUCUCGCCCGAGCACCAGCACCAGUUCAAGCACAAAUAGCACCAACACGAGUGCAUACAGACUCUCGACACCCACCAGUUACAUUCCGCCCUCUUCGUCUUCAUCUUCCUCUCUCGGCCAGUCUCACUCGACCAAUACCGUCCACUUUAUCCCUGCACCUCCUCCACGUGGCAUGAAUAACGGCACUGUCAACGUCAACGACACUUCAUCUGAUGGCACACCCACCUCGACGACGACAACGGCAACGAUUGGAGGCGGUGGACACGGAGGCGCUGUAGGCUUGACGGGCAUGGAACCACGACGCAAGAGGAGAAAAUAUGAAGAGAUUGAGCGUCGCUAUCUCUGUGGUUGGAACGGAUGCACAAAGGCCUAUGGCACUUUGAACCAUCUCAACGACCAUGUAUCCCUCCAAAACCAUGGCCCAAAACGACGAUCGAAUGAAUUCUAG